AUGGCCGUCGAUGAACAUGGAGUUGUGAUCAUCUCGGACUCGCCUUCCCCCGUGACAUCCUCACCACCGCUCGUGGCCGCUGAGCUGGGCGGCCCAGACUUCGAUCUCGAACCCUUUACUUCCUCGCCAGCCGACAAGUCAGCGCCGAUGGCUCCCGCACUUCGGGCGGAUGCAGGGCCUGGUUCCCAGCGCCAUGACCAGCGGUCGACAUGCGAGGAAGCCGUGUUGAAUUGCUUUCCAGAUAUCUGCCCUGAAUAUCUGAAAGCAGAGGCUGCCAAGCACUCAUGGGACUCCUUCCGUGUCAUCACUAGCAUCCUAGAUGAGCAGGAGAAAGGCCGUCCCUAUCCAAAGCGGUCCAACGCACGGAAACGAAAGCGGUCUGAUGAGGACGAGGAAGCUGAGCAAGAUAAGACACGCCUGAAGUAUGAGACAGGGCCCUCCCCAUUUGUUGGCAAAGGCCGUGACUAUGCCAGGCUUUACAUCGCGGCCACCAAAAUAAUGCUCAAGGAGGCAUUUCCUCACCGAUAUUCCAAAGACGUGGAUCAGCUUCUGGCAGCCAACGAUAACCGGCUCUACGCAACCUAUUUGGCUUUGGACCAGGCCGAGUGGGAUAAGGACGCAGCUCCUGCCAGGGUGAAGAAGUCAUUCCCCAAACCUUCCCGUUCCCAUGGGGGGCAAGGCAUGCGUUUCGGCAACCGCCCAGCCGAGAUGGAUGCCAUGGCGGAAUUCGAUGCAGCCAGCGCUGUUUGUGAAGCGAGGGCACGGGCAAGAAGCCUGAAGGAGUCGGAAGAGCGAGCGGAAGCCGAGAACCUGGAGCGGGCGAAGUUGGAGGGCACCAUUGCCGAGUGUGGAUGCUGCUACGACGAGUUCCCUCUGAACAGGAUGGUCCACUGCGACGGCAAGGUCUUGCACUGGUUCUGCCGCGGCUGCAUGAGGCGCAUGGCCGAGAACGUCAUCGGCCUGUCCAAAUACCAUCUUAACUGCCCCUCGACGGAUGGAUGCGAUGCCAGCUUUGCCAAGGACCAGACCGAUCUGUUUCUGGACGCCCAUCUCUCCGCGGCUCUGGACGCGAUUGAGAAGGAGGCAGUCCUCCGCAUGGCUGGUAUCGAGAACUUGGAGACGUGUCCGUUUUGCCCCUACGCGGCCGAGUACCCGCCAGUCGAGGAGAACAAGGAAUUUCGAUGCGAAGGUCCGAAUUGCGGCAUAGUCAGCUGUCGUCUCUGCCGGGAGGAGACUCAUAUCCCGAAGACUUGCGCAGAGGCUCUGAAGGAGCGUGGGCACUCGGCUCGGCGCGCAAUCGAAGAAGCCAUGUCUGCGGCCCUGAUUCGGAAGUGCAACAAAUGUGGUACCCCCUUCAUCAAGGAGAACGGUUGCAAUAAGAUGUCAUGCGACUAUACUCACUUUAACGAUCCAUCGCGAGGCGGGAAGCCGGGCAAUUGCCCCUUGUUUGACAACGUCGAGGAGCGCCAUGAGAAGGAGGUUCGGGCGGCUGAGGAGCAGGCCCGGAAGGCUGCUGCCGAGCAGAAUCCGGACAUUGACGCCGAGCUGCUGAAGAUCAACUUCUCCGAGCGCGUCAAACAGGACGACGAGCGACGCAAGGCGGCUGACCCAGCACGCCUGCGGCAGGGCCAGCCUCUUUUGCACAACCAGCGGCGGUCCAACCAGCGGCGGUCCAACCAGCGGCAGUGCAGCCAGCGGCAGUACGACCAGCGGCAGUACAACAAGCGGCAGCAGUGGCAGCAGUGGCAGCAGCGGCAGCCGCACGCCCCCGCCAGCCCGCUCCGGUCGUACGCUCAGCCGCGUGCGCAAGCACAGCCAUAUAACCAAGCGCAACUUGGGCACCAAGCACAGCCGUAUCCGUAUCUUCAGGCGCAACACCCCAAUCAUGCGCAGCUGAAUCGCCAACCGCAAGGUCGUCAGCAGCAGCCGCCCGCUGCCCAGCCACCACAAGCGUUCCAAGUGUUUCCGCUGCCUCAGCGAUGCGCUCUGUCUGCACGCGCUCCGCCGCCAGUUGUCCAGGCUCAGCUCGAUCGCGCAGCCAGGGCUCUUGACCAUGCUCUCAAUGCUUUCGUCGCCAAUGACGGGUCGGCCCCUCAAAACCGCGGCCAACCACCACGGUCCUCCCUCGGGUCCCCGGCUGCUAAUGUUGUUGCUGGAGCCCAGCGCCCAGGAUACAGGGCAGAGCAACCCAACCAGCGUCAACCGCCUGCCGCCAACGACGCCGCGGCGCCCGGUCAUCCUCAGAGCAUACCGCCAGGCCAAGGAAUGGCUGCCAACCCCGGGAGAGAUCAUUACAUUCGACAAUACAGUCAGCUGGCAACCAUGCAGAUUCUGUCUAAGAUGCGCAGAGACGGGAAUCUUGGCAUGGACAACCUCGGCGGCGCCUGA